UUUUUUAUAUAAAAAUAAAAUUCCAUAAUGCUAGUGGCUAUCUCUCUCUUAUUAUGACCCUUUCAUAUUCUUAGCCUCAUGUGAGCAACAAACUUUGCAACAAGAUGUUAGCAUAUACACAAAACAAAGUGUUAAAAAGUUUAUAGUAGAUGGAGGAUAUUAUUAUGGUCAAAAGAAAUGAAUGAAAAAAUAGAAAACAAAGAUCAAAUUCAACAAAACCAAGAAUCACCAAGAAAAUUACAAAACAAUAUUAUUGGUAGUGGAAAUGAGAGACUAAAAAGAGAUGAAUGGAGUGAAGGAGCAGUUACAACACUUCUUGAAGCAUAUGAAUCAAAAUGGGUACUUAGAAAUAGAGCAAAACUCAAAGGACAAGAUUGGGAAGAUGUUGCAAAACAUGUUUCAUCAAGAUCAAACUCAACUAAGUCACCAAAGACACAAACACAGUGUAAGAAUAAGAUUGAGUCAAUGAAGAAAAGGUAUAGAUCAGAAUCAGCUAGUUCAGAUGUUUCAUCUUGGCCUUUGUAUUCUAGACUUGAUCUUCUUCUACGUGGGACAGGACAAUUAUCUACAACAACACUAAACAAUAAUCAAGCAGGUUUGGUUUUGUUGGAACCAUCAUCACUUGUUAUGUCACAUGCACAAGAAGAAGUUCAUCAGCCACUUGUUCCUCCACCUAUUACAACUGCUCAAAACUCACAUGGAUCAAAUGGCGUUGAUAAAUUAAUCAAGGAAGAUGAAAUAGAAACUAAGUCAUCUGACCAUAUAGCUAACAAGAAUCCAUUGGAAACUGAUAGUAGCACGCCGGCGCUUUACAGCGAAAAAGACGAGCAAAGAAGCAAAAAGAGGAGAAUGAGAACAGAAAACAAUAACAACAAGAGGCAAAAGAAAGAAACAAUGGGAAUAGCAGAAAGCAUAAGGUGGGUAGCAGAGGUGGUAGUGAGAUCAGAACAAACAAGAAUGGAGACAUUGAAAGAGAUAGAGAAGAUGAGAGUUGAAGCUGAGGCAAAGAGAGGAGAAAUGGAAAUCAAGAGAACUGAAAUUAUUGCUAAUACACAACUUGAAAUUGCUAGGAUCUUUGCAAAUGUUAAUAAUAAAGAUAAAGAUAAAGAUGUUGAUGUUGAUUCAUCAUUGAGAAUUGGAAGAAGCUAAUGAUAUGUGGUGAAUGUGUAUAGAGAUUUAUGUGUAUCACAUCUUUGUAAUUCACCUAACUAGUGAAGAGAUGACCAUAUGAUAUGACAAUAAUUAUAAUCUCUCCUAAUUGACUUUAAUUGUAGAUGGUUGAUUUUAACCUUCUCUUCAAUUAAUUAACAAAUAAAGGGAUAUCAAAUGAAGGGA